AUGAUCCAGCCCCUUGACUUGGUUAUUUUCUCCUCGUUUAGGCAGUGUCUCUCAGAUUUGCUACUCAAAGAGAUACAUGCCAAUCCAAAGUUCAAAGUCAAGCCCGAGCACUAUCUCUCACUGACCCAUUAUGCUUGGGACAAGAGUGCCUGUCAAUCCAAUGUCAUGCAAGCAUGGGUAAAGUCUGGUCUGAUCGAAUGGUCCCCUACCCAACCAAGAGACAAGCGAUUUGUGCCAAAGAAGCGUAAGAGGUCCUCCAAGGCCCUCGUUGCCCAGCAAUCCAAGGACCUGGCCAUCAUUGAUCCAGAGAAAUUGACCAAGAAGCAAAGGACAGUAGUGCUGCGCGACAAGAAGUCCACUGGCAACCUGAUCACAUCCAAGGAAACAAGUGGACUUGUAAAUGUGCAAUACGAUGUAACAAUCAAGGCCACAGGCGCUGGUUCACAGCCGGCCAUCACAAUGAUCCAGAACAACCUCCAGGUCAACAACAAUACCAUGAAUAUCCAAAACAGCCAUGGAACCAACACAAUCACUCACACUGAGUCUACAACCCAGUCAUCAUCAAGCCAAAUGGUGACAGAUAGACCCAACAUCAUGCGCAACAUCAAGAACUUCUUUGGUUUGUAA